ACGCCUCCCGGCGGCUGCGCGGUUGGCUGCGCGGAGGCCGGGGAAGGAGACGCUGCCCUUCCGCGGCGAUGGGAUCCCGGCUCUGUGGGGGGAUCUUCUGGGAUGCGUGUUCCUAUGGUGCCAGGGCGUGGCCAGUGCCCGAGACCCAGCCAGCAGCCAGGUGAAGGCCGGCUUCUUGGACCAGCUCUCGACUCUCCCGGCUCUCGUCUCCGGGGGUGCUGGGCCUGCCAUGGCGUUCCGGCGGACGGAAGGCAUGUCUGUGAUCCAGGCCCUCGCCAUGACCGUGGCUGAGAUCCCCGUGUUCCUGUACACGACGUUUGGACAGUCAGCAUUCUCACAGCUGCGGUUGACACCUGGCCUGCGGAAGGUCCUCUUUGCUACUGCCCUCGGGACCGUGGCCUUGGCCCUGGCCGCCCACCAGCUGAAGAGGCGCGGGAGGCGGAAGAAGCAAGUGGGCCCUGAGCUGGGCACAGUGCCCCUGCCCAUCCUCAUGGCCAGGAAGAUGCCCUCAGUGAAGAAAGGCUACUCCAGCCGCAGGGUGCAGAGCCCGGGCAGCAAGAGCAAUGACACCCUCAGUGGCAUCUCCUCCAUCGAGCCGAGCAAGCGCUCCGGCUCCUCCCACAGCCUGGCCUCGAUGGCGGCAGCGAACUCCUCCAGCCCCACAUGUUUGGGGUCAUGGGACGCCCGAGGGAUGGAGGAGUCUAUAACUACCAGCGAUGGCCACGCUGAGAGCCUCUACAUGCAAGGCAUGGAGCUAUUUGAGGAGGCCCUGCAGAAGUGGGAACAGGCUCUGAGCGUGGGCCAGAAGGGGGACGGGGGCAGCACCCCCACGCCUGGGGACAGCCGGUGGGACCCUGAGACUGCGUCAGCGGCCCUGUCUGAGCCCGAGUCACAGCGCCGGGAGUUUGCUGAGAAGCUCGAGGCCCUGCUGCACCGCGCUUACCACCUGCAGGAGGAGUUCGGCUCUACCUUCCCCUCGGACAGCAUGCUGCUGGACCUUGAGAGGACGCUCAUGCUGCCCCUGACCGAGGGUUCGCUGCGACUGCGGGCGGACGACGAGAACAGCCUGACCUCGGAGGACUCCUUCUUCUCUGCCACUGAGCUCUUUGAGUCCCUGCAGGUUGGAGACUGCCCAGUCCCGCUGUCCAGGCCCGCAGCCGCCUAUGAGGAAGCCCUGCAGCUGGUGAAGGAGGGGAAGGUGCCCUGCCGGACCCUCAGAACAGAGCUGCUGGGCUGCUAUGGUGACCAAGACUUUCUUGCCAAGCUGCACUGCGUGCGGCAAGCCUUUGAGGGCCUUCUGGAGGAGAAGCAGAACCAGCUGUUCUUUGGGGAGGUUGGCCGGCAGAUGGUGGCGGGCCUGAUGACCAAGGCUGAAAAGAGCCCCAAAGGCUUCUUGGAAAGCUAUGAGGAGCUGCUGAGCUACGCCCUGCGGCCCGAGACCUGGGCCACCACCCGGCUAGAGCUGGAGGGCCGUGGGGUGGUAUGCAUGAGCUUCUUCGACAUCGUGCUCGACUUCAUCCUCAUGGAUGCCUUCGAGGACCUGGAGAGCCCCCCGUCCUCCGUGCUGGCUGUCCUGAGGAAUCGCUGGCUAUCGGACAGCUUCAAGGAGACGGCCCUAGCCACCGCGUGCUGGUCAGUCCUGAAAGCCAAGAGGAGGCUGCUGAUGGUGCCCGACGGCUUCAUCUCUCAUUUCUACUCCGUAUCGGAGCACGUUAGCCCUGUCCUGGCCUUCGGCUUCCUCGGCCCCAAGCCCCAGCUCACCGAGGUCUGUGCUUUCUUCAAGCACCAGAUCGUGCAGUACUUGCGUGACAUGUUCGACCUGGACAACGUGCGCUACACGUCGGUGUCGGCUCUAGCUGACGACAUCCUGCAGCUGUCCCGGCGCCGCAGCGAGAUCCUACUGGGAUACCUGGGUGCGCCAGGGGCCAGCAGUGUCGACUUAAAUGGGGCACUGCCCCAGGAGAACGGGCCCCUCGGGGGGGUGCAGUAGCAGGCCCAGGUGCCCGUGAGAGGC